AUUUUAUUAAAUGAAAGAAGUUGCCUUCAGGAUGCGCACUCGGAAAGUGCAAUACCCGGUGAAUUGUUAGACAGAGUUUAUCGAACUGUGCUCCUGAAAUCAAAACGCAGCCCGAGUAUGGGUUUAUCGUUAGCUGAAUAUAUGGCAAGUCGUCAAGGGCAAGAUAAUUUUCAUUUUAUACCAGCUGGUCGAAGAUGA